CGAGCCGUGGUGUUACGGCCAACUGAAAGUCUUACAAUUUCUUUGGGUACCCUACUAGGUUAUUAGGGUAACUAAACUGUACAUAGUGUUAUUUACCGACUACUUUGUAUUUUUGAACUUUGAAAAAGAAAAAAAUAAGUGAGUCAACAUGAGCAAUAAUAAGAACCAACUGCUGCUGUUUUUCGACCGGCCCACGGAGCCAUGCUUCAUGCAGAAGGGCGAUGACAAGUCUGUCUUCCAGUUACCCGAAAACUACUACCCGGAUAAGUACAAGCAUGCCGCAUCGUCUCUGGGCAACCGUUUCAAUACUGACGAUGGCCGCACCAUCGCCGUGCGAAACAUCGCUGUGCCUAAUCUGCAGCUGCCCAUGGAGCUGCCAUACAACGACCAGUUCUCCCUGUUUGUACCCAAGCACCGCCGUAUGUCUGGGAAACUUAUCGAUGUGUUCAUGAGCAUGCGCGACGUGGAAGAUCUAAUCUCUCUGUGCUCCUACUGCCAGCUGCGCAUCAAUCCUUACAUGUUCAACUACUGCCUCUCCGUUGCUAUUCUGCACAGACCUGACACGAAGGGAUUGAAUAUACCGACGUUUGUGGAGUCCUUCCCCGAUAAGUUCAUGGACCCCAAGGUGUUCCGCAAGGCCAGAGAAGUCACCACCACCGUGCAAUCGGGCAGCAGGAUGCCAAUCACAAUCCCGCAAAACUACACUGCAUCAGACGCCGAGCCGGAACAGCGCGUGGCUUACUUCCGCGAAGACAUCGGGAUCAACCUGCAUCACUGGCACUGGCAUCUGGUGUAUCCUUUCGAUGCCUCUGACCGUGCAAUUGUCAAUAAGGACCGUCGUGGCGAGCUGUUCUACUACAUGCACCAACAAAUCAUUGCUAGAUAUCAAACCGAGCGUCUAUGCAAUGCCCUGGGCCGUAUCGUGCGCUUCAAUGAUUUCCGCACUCCAAUCUUAGAAGGUUACUUCCCCAAGCUCGACUCGCAAGUGGCCAGCCGUUCAUGGCCUCCUAGGUUUGCCGAGACCACGAUAAAAGAUAUCGACCGUCCGGUGGACGCGAUCAAACUCGAUAUAUCUACACUGGAGACCUGGCGCGAGCGUUUUCUCGAGGCUAUUGAGAAUGGGGCCAUUCUGCUACCGGACAACCGCACAAUGCCUUUGGACGAAAACCGUGGCAUUGACAUCCUUGGUAACCUGAUGGAGGCCUCUAUAAUUAGCCGCAACCAGGGUUACUACGGCGACUUGCACAACAUGGGACACGUCGCCAUCUCGUACUCCCACGAUCCCGAUAAUCGCCAUUUGGAGCAAUUCGGCGUGAUGGGCGACUCGGCUACGGCGAUGCGUGAUCCCGUCUUCUACCGCUGGCACGCCUACGUUGACGACAUUUUCGUCUUGCACAAGAAGAAACUUACGCCCUACUCUGCCGGACAGCUGGAUUUCCCAGGCAUCCGCGUGUCAUCGCUCGGCGUUGAAGGGUCGGCCGGGGCGAAUCAAUUCGGGACGCAGUGGGAGCAGAGCACCGUCGAGCUGAGCCGCGGACUCGACUUCACGCCGCGAGGAUCAGUGCUCGCGCGAUUCACUCAUCUGCAGCAUGAUGAGUUUGACUAUGUAAUCGAAGUGAGCAACAACAACGGACAAUCGGUGACGGGCAUGUUCCGUAUUUUCAUGGCGCCUACGACCGACGAGCGUGGCCAACCGCUAGCCUUCGAGGAGCAACGCCGCCUCAUGAUAGAGCUCGACAAGUUCCAGCAGGGAUUAAGGCCUGGUAACAAUACAAUCCGUCGCCGAUCCGUGGACUCGUCCGUGACCAUCCCGUACGAGCGCACAUUCCGAAAUCAGGCGGACCGGCAGGGCGACCCCGGUUCGGCGCAGGCGGCCGAGUUUGACUUCUGCGGCUGCGGCUGGCCCCAGCACAUGCUCAUACCGAAGGGCACUCAGAGGGGAUAUCCUGUUGUGCUCUUCUGUAUGGUCUCCAAUUACGAUCAGGACAAGAUCGACCAAGACCUUGUGGGUGCAUGCAAUGAUGCGUCGUCUUAUUGCGGCAUUCGCGACCGCCGUUACCCCGACAAGCGCGCGAUGGGCUACCCGUUCGACCGAGUAGGCCGCCAAGGCGUCAACUCGCUUUCUGACUUCGUCACCGCCAACAUGGCCACCCGCGAGUGCAGAAUCCGCUUCACCGACGCCACCCGACUAAGAGGUCAGCCGAAGAAGUAGGUUCAUCACCGGCACAUACUCUGAAUUGAGGGGGAAGCAUCACUAAUACUAAUUCAGAAAUCAUUUCUUCAUUAUCGCGCUAAAAUUAAUUGUUUCUUCAAUCUAUUGUACGGUUAUAAAUUCCUGUUUAAUUAGGGCCGUAAAGUUUGGUCGUCUUGUAUACAGGCAGAAAAAUUAAAAGCCGUUAAGUGGAAACUUGGAAAGUAACUUCCAAAAUUCUACAAAUUCCAAAAUUC